AUGGCACAAACGCUUCUCAAAAAAGCCAGCCAACAGUUCAUACGACUUUCUUCUUGCGAUUCGAAAAAUGCAAUCGAACCGCCGCCGGACUCUGAGUUGAAUGGCCCUGAAGGCCCUGAAGCACAGCAUGGUCGAAAAGUUGGCAACAUUGCCUCGAAAAGAUGGAAGCCUCUUCGUAGUGCUUUCAGAAACUUGAGAAUCAUUAUUGAGAUAUCAAAGGAUUCAAAACCGCCCACGGAGGACCAAAUCAAGGCCCAUCAGUUGACCAAAUAUGCCUUACAACAUGGAUUCACCGUCAAGAGUACCAAUUCGAAGGGAUUACCCCGAAAGUCGCACCUGAACCCUGUGGCCAUGACCUCCAAUUCGACCUUGGUAAUCCGAACUCCUCCGCAAAGGGCGCGAAGUUCCCUUCAACCAUUGAAUAUUACUCCAUCGAGUGACUUGGAGACCCCUUCUUGCUCUGAGGCAAGUGCUAAGCCCUCAUCAUAUCAGGAAGAGUCAACAGCCAAGACAUCGAUCGAAUCCUCUCCCUCGCAGCAAUAUAACGUAACAGCUGAUAGACGAUACAACAGACGGAAUCCAUGGACUCGCUCCAGUCCCGAAGGCCGAGCACUUACCACUAUUCCAGAAGCUGGCGUGGUUCAGGCUCGACCCACCAUCGCUACUGUAGAGAGAGCCUCUGCUGCAAAGAUAUUUCUCGAGACCCAUUUCAAUGAGAUUCUGUACAAGCCCAAUGCCAGGGCCUUGAGAAACCAGCACCUUGAAGCGCAGUUACGUACCUGCUCGCUAAUGUCAUUGGAUGAAAAGGAGAAGAUUCGGGUGCAGUACAGAAUACAGGAAACCUGCCACCUGAGGGAGCUACGAGCAAUGAAAGCCACCUGUAUCGCCCAGAAGCCGAAGGAUGAUUGUAGACUUUCGGUCAACAAUUACGAACCGCUACAGAUUUUGGGCAAGGGAAGUUUUGGAGUGGUUAGAUUGGUGCGUGAGAAGCCUGCCCCAGGUCAUGCUUUCCCAGGACAAGUAUACGCCAUGAAGGUAAUUCGAAAGUCGGAGAUGAUACGGAACAGCCAAGAGGGCCAUCUCAGGGCCGAGAGAGACUUUCUUGUUGCCUCCGAAGGCUCACAGUGGGCUGUCCCAUUGAUCGCUAGCUUCCAGGACCCAGCAAGUCUCUAUCUGGUGAUGGAGUACAUGCCCGGCGGAGAUUUCCUUGGGCUACUGAUUCGACAAAACAUCUUGCAAGAACCCAUUGCGCAAUUCUAUAUUGCAGAGAUGAUCCUUGCUAUGGAAGAGGCCCAUCGUUUGAACAUUAUCCAUCGAGACAUCAAACCAGACAACUUUCUCAUAUCGGCGACUGGCCACUUGAAGAUAUCCGAUUUUGGUCUGGCAUUUGACGAUCAUUGGUCCCAUGACGCAGCAUAUUACAACACACAUCGAUACUCACUAGUUCGAGGGCUUGGCAUCAACAUCAACGGCGAUGAGACAGACCAGAAAUGCAGCAAGAACAUACUGAAACAAUUCGAAUGGUAUCAGUCUGUAGUUUCCGGGAUAGACAGACACGGAAGAUAUCCGUUGGCCAAGGAUGAAGAUUUGCGAAGUCUCAUCGGUUGGAGAAACAGGCAUGGAAACCGGACUGGCGCGCGUUCCGUCGUCGGAACUAGCCAAUACAUGGCCCCCGAAGUCGUUCGUGGUGAGCAACCCCCUUCUUGGCAGAAGAAGGGCGACUUCAAAAAGAACUUCAGCUUCCCGCGCAGGCCUUUCGUUAGCGAAAAGUGUAAAGACCUCAUACACUGUCUGAUCCAAGACAAAGAAGAGCGCUUGUGUUCGAGGAAGUACCAAACGUCAUACCGUAAUGGUUUUCAGGGUUCACGAUUGACAGAUUACACUGGCCACUAUGUUUUCCCUGGCGAUGCCGAAGACAUAAAAGCGCACAGAUGGUUCAAGAAUACGCCAUGGGAGCGCUUGCAGUCUAUGCCUGCACCCUUCACUCCCAACUUACAUAGUGACGACGAUGCCCAUUAUUUUGACGAGUCUGAGCCGUUCGAAGACUGGUCCGAGUCGAUACCCUCCGGGAUAUACCUCAACACAGAAGAUGUGCGAGAGUUGCUGUUUGGAUUUGAUAUCCAUGUGCAGCAGAAGGCGAUAGAGCUCAUCAAAAUCCCAUUUGAUGCGGCCAAACUCCGAAGCAUGGACCGCGACAUCGAUGCAGCAAAGGACCUUCAACUCAGUGAAAAGGCAACUCUGAAGCAGUUUGUCAGGUUCUACGGACACAAAGAGCGCAAACGCCCACGAGACAUGCUGCUUCGGGACAAGAAUACAAAAAAGAUAUCUUUGAGGAUACGAAAAGAGACGGCCUUCAUGGGAUAUACUUGGCGACGAAUGCGACCUGGGGGCUACAUCGACCCGAGACCUAUAGAGACGCCUCCAGUCUCUGAAGUUCAAGUUGCGGCUUAA